AUGCCUCGCGCAGACAGCGACGCAGGCUCAGACUCGAGCUACAUGGCCUCGGACACCGGAAGCGCCGACUCGAGCGUUUCCUUCACCCAGAUCCUGCGCGUCCCGCGCCCCGACCUCGUCGACUUCCUCUCCGAAGACGACCUUCCCUCUUCUGCCGGCACACUUCCCACGCCCAGCGACAUUCUCUACUCCCGCCAGAUCCCCCAAGCCCGCCUGGCCAAGUCUCGUUUGAUCAAGGUCCUCCGUCGCGAGCCCGCGAUCGGCGAAGAAGGGACGACGGGCGAGGGACUCGUCCCCUCGGAGGCGGCGGACGAGCCCGAGGGCGGCGAGGAGUACCAGGACAGCGGACAGCCUCUGGAGCCCUCGUCUUCUAGCGCAGCCGCUAUCGUCGCGGCAGAAGCACAAGUCGCAGCGGAGGAAGGCAACGGCGCUCAGGAGGAAGAGAUUGUCGGUGCAUCAGUCGAGGGCGAGACCGGGGGUGCGGACGACGGGAGUGAGCCAGCGGAAGGUUCGGAGCAGGCGGAAGAGGAGGAAGCGGACGAGGACGACGAGCAACCGUCAUUCGGUCCCGCGGUACAGGCCGUCCACGCCAUCACGUCGAUCGCCGAGCUUGACAGGAAGUUUGAAGCCUUCCGCCGCCGCAGUACCUGGUUCAAGUGGGACCCGAAGGUCCGCAACAACUCAAAGACGAAGCGCCAGCCUUUCAUUGCUCUCGGCGACCCAGCAUUGAUGGGCAAGAACGUCAACAGCGAACCGACGUUGAAGAUCGACACUCUCGUGACCAUUCGCGAGGAGGCGGCUGAGGGCGCGGAGAAGAAGGCACUCAAGUACAACAAGAAGGAGAACUUGCCGGUGCGGUUGAACGAGUACUCCAAGCUCUUCGGGCCGCUCUGCCGCGAAUCUGCGCGCUUCAUCUCGGCGGUGUUACAGGUCUGCGCGAAUGACGGCGAGGUCGACGAGCUCAUGAACAACGGUGACUUCGACGUUUACCGUCACGACCCCGGCGAAACGACCCUCUUCACCGCCAUUCGCGACCACAUCGAGAAGAUCUUUGACAAGUACAAGUGCGACUACCCCGAGCCGAACCUCGUCACCAAGCUCUGCGCUCUCCUCGUUGACGGCUACGAGCAGGAUGGUAUCGCAACCUCGCAGAACGGCCAGAUGCCGCGACUGGCGGACCCCUCAGGCGGCGACAACAAGCAGUUCGCUUACGGCGCGGUCGGCGUCGGCGCGCUGGUCAUCGGCAUCCGCCUUCUCCGCCCCUUCAUCACGGCGACAAGUUCAUACGUCCCGUUCAAGCGUACGGUCGAGCGUACAAUCACCAUCCGGGUUCGCGAGAUUGGCACUCUUUCCUUCGGCCUUCCCCGUACAAAGGGCAACAGCCAGCGCCAGCGCUUCCUGGUGUCGACCACGAAACAGACGCCGCCUCCACCGCCACCAACAAGCCCUCCCCUGCUCACGUUCCCACACCUCGUCACCGAUCCGCCCGACGCUCUGGGACGAGUGCGGUCUUAUGCACCUUCCCUUUCUGCCGACGACGCUCAGCGUUCCGUCAACGUCCUGGGCUGGGUCAACCACGUCCUUGCGGAGAUGGGUAUCACGGCACUCAAAUCGAAGGAGACGCAGGACUUCUGGAAGGGCGUACUUACGAAGCUGAACGAGACCCCUCUCCCGAUUGCCAAGCGCAAGCGGGUCGGCUACGUCCUCCACAGCUACGCUACACGCGGCCAGACCAUCCACCGCGGCACGCUGAUCGAUCCGGUGGAGGGGAGUGUGAGGAUGGAGGGCGGGUGGUCCAUCUAUGACGAAGGACUGGCAGCGUCGGCUGUCCAGGUUGGCAACGAGGUGUUCGCCGAGACGGGCGACUUCCGCCUUGCCGAGCGUCGUAUGGCUGCCCUUCUCGACGUUGGCGAGGGAGUACUCGACGAGGAGCAGGCGACCGCCCUCGUCCAGCAUCCGCCUGUCAACAUUCGCGCGAACUACGUCGAAUGCGCAGGCUGCGGUGUCGAGAAGCCGCUCGACGAGUUCUACGACCCCUCCGAGGGUGAAGGAUACGCCUACUCCCGUAUUCUCUGUCGCGAGUGCGGGCCUUUCGCGGAGGAAGGGGCUUUCUCACCUCGAUACGACUCCUUCCGUCAGUUGCGCAAGAUUCUCGGCUUCGAAGGCAUGGACAAGGCCAAGUCGACUCCGAAGAGCCUAGCUCGCGCGUACGACGGCAAGUACGGCUUCGACUUCCAUUCCGGCAUGGGAUACGACAAGUACUCGCAAAUGCCCGUCGCGAUUGCUACGGAUGAGCCUACGACUGUCUCGCUCGACUCGGUCGCGCCGUUGCCAGUCAGCGCUACCGAGAACUUUGUCCGCCAUGCCGACCUGCGCAACCUCGUCCCAACUCUCCGCACCACCAACUUUGCCGUCGGCAGCCGCGACCGUCACACUGCCGAGGUCAUCAUCACCGUCGCUAGGCUUCUUCCCCUCGUCCACGACCUCAACUUCGCCCGCACGCAGCGCAAGCUUACGGCAUCGGAAUCGAAGGCGCUUGUCGUUGCCACUCAGGUGCUCCAGCACGCCCGGUCUGUCAACGCGCCAAUGCACCGCGACGAGCGGGCUUUCGGCAUCUUCUCACCGAUUCAGAAAGUCCACGAGGUGCCCGUCUCGGAGCUGCUGGCAUCCGACGAGCCGCUCGCCGAGUUCCUUGGCGUAGUCAAGCUCAUGGAUGACCUCUGGCUCAAGUUCAUGUCGCCGAGGUCUGCCAGCGACCCGCUUCCAGGCUCGUACGACUUCUACCGCCUCAACUUCGAGGAAUUCAGGAGUGUGCCAGAAGAGCGCGUCCUUCGCUACGUCGAGAAGGCCAAACGCAAACUGCACGACUUUCGCGUCGAAACGCCGGACUACGUCCCCUUCCCGCCGCAGAGCCGCCCCACCAAGGACUUCGAUUCUGAGGAGGAACGCCAGCGCGUCCGCACGCUGCUAGACGAAAUCGAGUCGAGCGACCUGAUUCGCAAGAUCAAUCCUCACUUCGAAGGAUUCACGAAGUUGGAGGAUGGAUCUGGAUGGCCAUCGUUCGUGUCGGACAUCGAGAUGGACAAGUGGGAGGUCGCUAUGGGGCGGAAGUUGAUGCUUCGUGAUUUGCUCGCCGAAGCCGGAGUUCGGAUGCUCCGCAUCCUCCAGUCUUGCGACAUGAAUUUCCGCGACGACCCAGAUGCGGACCCCUUGGACGGCUUUUUCGGCAAUGUCCUCGUCGAACUCUACCUGGAAAUGGCGCUUGGCGAAGGGGAGGACCUCAUGCUGGGGCAAGCGUACCUCCUGGCGCCUAGCAAUCCGUUCAGUGCUGGGAUGGGCCACCGGAUCCAGGGUCAGCCGAUGAAAUUCGGUGCGAAGGUCGCGAGGCCUCGCAGUCUCGACGAGUACGAUUUGAAGGCCCGCAACAUCAGCCGCCGCAACUGGCAGAUCACGCGCCAGUUCAACGUCCAGCUCCAGUCUUUCCCGUCCGACAACGUUCGCAAGAGCGUCAUCCAGUCGUACGGCUCAGCGGUGCGCGCGUGGCUGGAGGAGAAGCGCUAUGCCGGCUUCGACCACUCCGACCAGGAGAAGCUCGCCGCCGCGCUCAAGCGCUUCUACAGCUCGCCAGCGAGCGACUGUCUCCGCCCGUGGAAGGCCCGCGGACUGCUCGCUUGA